AUGAAGGGUGGAAGUGGGAGUGGGAGUGUGAUUAAUGUUGUGAGGGCGUCUGAGAGUGGUGUUGGAGAUGGCGAGUUGGUCUGGGAUUUCAAUUCUGGAGCGGAAAUUCUGGGCUUCGAUGCGUUCGGCGGCGUGGGGAUGGAUUUUGGGAUGUUGGGUGGAAGUGGAGGAGGAGAAGCAGGUGGUGGGAUCGACCUGAAUCAAAUGAUCCUGAACGCAAUGCCCACCGCCACAGCCUCGCCUCGAACCAAGCAACGCCAUCCCCACGACGACGGCCUGAACGAAUUCUGGUUCAAAGACCGCAACGGCACGCCUAUGGACAUAACCCGCGCUAUGGAACUCUACACCACCCCAUCCAUCAUCCACAGCCCCGCCAUGGAGAAACAAGUCAUCUACUCAACCUUCAUGGACACCUACCUUCCCCAACGAAUCGGGGAGCAAGACGCCCACUUCUCCUUCUUACAACAACUCAUCCAAACCCCGAACCUGCGGCCAGAAGUAAGUGCAGGUCUCGAUGCGAUGUCGCUGGUACAGGUCGGGAGUAUUUUCAAAGAUCAGAAUUUACUGAAGCAAGCUGUGAAAGCUUACCAUCGCGCGAUUUCGGGCUUGUUGAAGACGUUCCAGUCGAAGGAUACAGAGUUUGCCACGGAUGAUUAUGUCCUAGCGACAGUGACGGUGCUGGCGAAUUGUGAGUUUUUCGAUGAGAUUAGUCAGGUUGGGGAUGGGUGGACGAAGCAUAUUGAGGGACAGCAGCAGUUGCUUGCGGCGAGGGGACCGGCGAGUAUUCAGAGCAAUUUGUCGUUGCUGUUGUAUUCAAACAUGAGGCAUGGAGCGCUGAGCCAUGCGUUGUUGGUGAGGAAGGCGUGUUUCAUGGGGACGGAGGAGUGGAGGAGCGUUGCGUGGCGGGCGCCGUAUGUCGAUGCUGCGACGAUUUUCUACGAUUCGGCGUUGCAGGUUCCGGCGAUCUUGGAGAGGUACGAUCAGUUGAAGGCGGAGGAUGGGGUGGGGAAGAUUGAUGCGAUUCUGAAAGAUGCGGCGAAGCUGGAGCAGGAGAUGAGGACCUGGUUUGGUGGCUAUCAGAUUCGGUCCAAGUGGAAUGAGCACAAGCUGUUUGAGCUUGCUCCUUUGGAGGCCUUCGGGACGUUUUCCAGUCUCUGCCCGGAUCGCACACUCGAAGAGGCGUGUGUGUUCCCGACGUUUAUGGUGUCGUAUCUCAUCUGUGUGUACUGGGACGUCACGCAUUUCCUGCGGACGUCACCCAUUUCCUGCGGACGACAAUGCAGAAGUUGCACAUGGCCAAGCAUAAGAGGGACAAUACAUGGUAUCCAGAAGCGGGGGACGAAGUCGAGGAGGCCGAGCUGCGGGAAUACGUCCUGA